AUGUUUCAAUUUAAACGACGCCUGUGUGAUAAUAAGUCUUUUGAAGAACAAAUAAAGAAAUUUCGAAGAACGUAUGAUGACAAAGAAUUAAUUAAUUGUUUUGAAAAUUUAUCCAAUGAACUUAUCAAUGAAAUUUUCGAUUAUCUUGACGGUUAUAAACUAUAUAAAGCAUUUUCAAAUUUUAAUAGUCGUUUUGAAACUCUAAUUAAAUGUUCAUCUUAUCAACUAAGAAUGGAUCUUUGUUUUGAACCAGAAGCUAUCCUAGAAUAUUGUUCUGUCUGCAUUGUCCUUCCGAACAAACAUCGAAUUAUUUCACUUAGCUUGGACAAUAUUCUUGUAGAUAAUUCAUAA